AUGUCAGAUGAUGAAACGGAUGAGGCCUAUAAUGAAUUUAUCAAAGAAUUUGGAUUGAAAUAUAAAUGGGAUAAUACAAAGGCGGUCAGGCAUUGGAGGGAGAAAGCGCUUAAGCAAUUUGUAUAUGCUUUACCCAGUGUAAAAAAUCCAAUGUCAUUAUUCCAUGUAUUCCUACAAUUUGAUGCCUUUUAUCUUUCGCAAAUAUUAAGUCUGAUAAAAUUGCCAUAUUAUCCGCAUGAACUUCGAGAGAAAAUAUGGCCGGAUGGUAUUGAGAAGUUCCGAUGUAGAUUGUUUAUUCAAGAUGAAGAAUCAAUAGUGGAUUACUGUUUAAAGGCGAAGAAAUGUAAUGAUAUCGUCAAACUCUGUAAAGAUCAUUUUAGAAGUGAAUUCUAUAGUAGAUUAACACGAGAAAAUAUGAGAUGUAUUGCAAAAAAUGAUUAUUAUCGUGAAUUGGUAGAAAUGCUUAUUCAGGCGAAAAAAGAAUCAGUGACUGGUAUUAUAACUGGGUUUAAAGAUUAUAUUAAUCAGUCCGGUAUUGCUAAUCUGAAUGGGAUACAAUACUUAUUGAGAG